AUGGCGGCGGCCCGGCUGUUGCAGGGGGGCGGCUGCUCCCGCUGCCGCCACCGCCGCCUCCUCUCUUUCUCCUCAGCCGGCGGCGGCCCCACGGCUGAGCGCGGGGAGCGGCAGGAGAGCGCGGGCCUGGGUUUCAGCCCCCCCGCACACUCCCGUAACGACUGGAUCGGCCCCCCUGACAAGCACUCCAACCUCCGGCCCGUCAUCUUCUAUGUGCCCCCCAAGGAGUCGCCCCUGGAGCGGCGGCUGCGGGAGGCACGGCAGGAGGCCCAGGCCUGUGACCAGCGCUUCUGGGCACGGCACAACCGUGCCUUCCGCCAGGAAAAAGAAGAAUUUAUUUAUUCAAGACUGAAAGCCAAGGGUCUGGAAAUGAGAGAUGAAACAGGUCAAAAAGCAACACUGAGUGCAGAAGAAAUGGCUGACUUUUACAAGGACUUUCUAAGUAAAAAUUUUAGAAAGCAUAUGCGGUAUAACAGAGAUUGGUAUAAACGUAACUUUACUAUCACAUUCCUCAUGGGACAAGUAGCACUGGCGAGAGCUCUGAGGUGGCUUCGUUGGAAAAAGAAAAAUAUUGGAAAUCGGUGAUUGCGCUCCAUGAAGAAUGCAACACUAGCUAGGCCUGCAGUAAACUUGUUGUUUAUAGUGAUGUUUGGAAUCUGAAUCACUAAUGCAAUAAUUGCUUGAAUCUGUUUGUUAAACUAUGUAAAUAAAAGUUGCCAUUGGUCUUAAUUUAUAAUCCCUAUGUAGAUUUCCUUUACCUUUUAUUCCAAGAAUAUCUAAAAUAUUUCCCAACCAAAACACAGCUGAGAAAACUAUUAUUUGGACAGAGUCAAAAGCUGUUCCUUGUUUACAUUAAAUGGAAGGGAUCACAAUUGUCACAUUUUUACCACACAGUCGUAGUUCCUAAAGAACAUGAACUGAGGUCAGAGAAUGAU